AAUAAAAAAAAAAAAAAAAAGGAAUAAAUUGAGUAUGGCUCAAAUAGGAAAAUUGGAGGCCAAGGCUGAAAUCAAAUGCCCCCCAGCAAAGGUGUUCAACUUCUUCAAAUAUGACAUGAACAAAUUUACUGAUAUGUUUCCCCAGAUCUUCAAAGGUGCUCAAUUGCUUGAAGGAGAGGAAGGUCAAGCUGGAAAUGUCAAGUCCUUUGAUUAUGUACUUGGCAAGGCAAUGAAUGCGAAGGCAAAGACUGAAGCAAUAAACGAGGGAGAACGAUCCAUAAGCCUUUCAGUCCUUGAAGGAGAUAUUCUGAAUCUGUACAAGAGUUUUAAGGCCAAAAUUAGUGUGGAUGAUGGCCAUGUCACUUGGUGUAUUGAGUUUGAGAAAGCUGACGAGUCUGCCCCAAAUCCAGACGAUUAUGCGGCGCUUGCUGUUGAGAUCACCAAAGGAUUGGAUCAUUAUCUUCUAAACAAUAUUAAAUAAUUGAUAAGCUUAAUUUGUGUGUUUGGAUAAUUAUAAUUACAACACUCUAUAAUUACUUCCAGAGGGAAUUCAGGUUCUAUGUAAUAAGGACAGUUUGUACGUGCAUCUUGCCCACUCAGAAAAACGUGUCUACGACUUUGUGUAUUGAUGAUUAAUAUGGGAAUGAUUCGAAACUAUUAAGCUUAAUUACAUAUUGUUGCAGCUUCAUUUGUGCAUUUUUCAUUUCUUUAGCAGAUAAUACUAUUUUAGUUUUUAUGUUUAGUAUUUAGACCAUGUACAAUGGUUGUCUUAAUAAGCAAUUGCUUAGAAUAUUUUAGUAUUAUUUUGGUGGGACCCUGUGCCAUUAAGCAAUUCUAUGAUUUAAGCAAUUCAAUCCCACAAUGGUGAAUUUAAAUUCUGGUUGAAGCAAUUUUGGAUUUCUCAUCCUCUCUCUCAUGUCUUGCGCCAUUUUCUGGUUCAUUGGCCCACAAAUUCUGAUUGCUUGUGGAUUGCUUAUUCAAGCAAUUGCUUAACCUAAGCAAUUGCUUGUCUUCUCUUCACAAUGGAAAAUUGCUUAAAUAGCAAUUGCUUAUUUUUAAGCAAUCAGUUA